UGUUAAACAAUGUCGUGUUAAAACCAGCUAUUAAUGUAUAAAAAGUACUUUGAUAUUCACCAGCUAGAAAUAUGAGAUAACCAAACCAUCCUUCAGUUUAUAUCCAUGUUUCUUUUUCACUUUUAGUAUGAAACCUCCUCAGCAAGCUACUCAACUGCCAUUUGCCAGUACAAGCAGAAAUCCACUUUCCAUGCCUUCAAGAAGACUGAAUGGGUACUCCUCAUAUUCUCGUCAACUUAGUCAUCCUUCUACUUCUGAAACAAUGGAGUCAAUGGAGGUUGAUCCUGUACCUUCACCAAUGAGGAAACCUGAGACAAUGACUGGUCCAGUAAGAUUGUCAGUUAUAACUCCACCGCAGGAUGGACGCAUGGGUAGUGUGUCCUACAGAAGUUCUCAGUCAUCUGGAAUAACGUCAAGUCAAAGUACAGCAGUAUCUUCAAGAUCCACACCUAUAGGACGACCACAUAAUGGAUGUUCACUUGUAUCACCAUCUGGAUCACAAAGCAGUAGGAGGGGAUCAUGGUCUGCUUCUGAUUUCAGAACUCCUCCAUUGUAUCAAUUUACGUUACCUUCACCACAGUCAUCUGUAGCAAGACCUCCAAUCACCAUCUCUGGAAUUCUACAAAGACAACAUUUAGGAUCAGCUAGUUUUGGAGGACAAACAGCAGAAAGAUAAGCAAAAAUCUGUGAUUUAUUUUGUUCAAUAAGCAUUUUGAAAAGCUGUGCACUGUUGUUGGAUAUCAAAGUGUUUGUAAUUUCUAUAAAAUGUCAAAGUAGCAUAAAACAACUAUUAUUCAGCAUGAAUAAUGUAUCUAAAACAUUGCUGAACUUGCCAGUUAAAUCUAUAGUAACUUUAAGCAGGAUUACAAAAGAUUCUGGCUUUUUAAAGGAAUUUUGGUUUAAAAUAUAUUGUAAGAAUUGUAAAAAUAAAUUGCCUUUGUUAAUGAAGUGUUAAGAUAAAAAAAAUGCUUUUAUAUUCAAUGAGCUCUUCGUCCUGUAAAUGCAUUGAACUGCAGCAGAACUGAUUUUAAAUAGUUGCGCCUGUACAGAUGAACCCCAGUCCAAAAAAUAUUUUACUGUUAGACAUUAAAUCAAAUACACAUUUGAUUCCAAAAUCCAAAUUUGGGUUCUUAUUCAAGAGAUUACUUUUUGUUUGCACGGUAAGGAGUAUGGUUUGAGGGUAAUCAGAGUCUAAUAGACUCUUCAGAACUUGUAACACACAACAUUCCAAGAAGCUUAUCAUUUGAUUUAGGUAGCAAUGCUGUCUUCUCAAAAAUGCAAUGAAAUGGAGGAACUGGUUUGAAGAGAUACAUCAUGCCAGAGACUACCUUUCCUCUCAUAGAACAGUGAAUGAAUGCUCUGUCUGGAAGGUCCCAGGCUGCUACCUCUUCCAUUGAAAUUCUCACCAUUACUGUGUAUGUCUGGAUAAAUUUUGCUGGACUGAAUAACAGUUUCGUUUUUGCCUAACUUUAGCCCUAUUUAAAAAAUAGGAAAACUAUAGGAUAUUUUUGAUACUAAGUCCACCAAGUGAAUGAUACAACUUCUUUUGGGUUAAAAUGUUUUGUUUGACCUAAAAGAAAGUAAAGAGAGUACAAAGGUGUUUUUCAUUUUUGCUGCCUACUUAGCUGUUUACUACACAAACUUCAAGCAUGCCACUUGAAAGAGAAUAAAAUAGA